AUGCGCGGGAGCAGCUCCGAGCUCCUGCUGGAGGCGAGCUGCGUCCAGUGUCAGAGCGAUCAUCACAGCCAGCAUAGGCAUCAGCAGCAUCCGCAGAACGAGAAACACGACUUCCAGGAGCGAGAGCUACGUCGUCGCAAGCUGUUGGAGCUCGGGUUCGGCGCUUCGCGGCGCCGACCGCCACGGCGUACCUGCCGUCAGCGGUUCAACUUCUACGCCACCUCAGCGUUGGCCUUCGUCGCGACGUCUGGCGGGGCAGCGCUCCUUUUCCUGGUGCCCCUCUACGUAGAUCCGGCCAUCAGCACCUUGGCGGCCGAUUUCUCACCUGAACCGGUCAUCUGCACCACUUCCAGACGCGAGGAGCUCUACGGUUUGUUCAAUUGCACAUGGAGCUCGUGCCGCGAGGGAUGUACUAGUGACGUUUACAGAUGUACGCAUAUAUACGUCACGUACACACCAUGGAGCAACACCAGUAUGAGCAACGACACUGGAGGUAGAGAGAAUCCCGUGAACUCUACCGACAUCGCGCACACCUCCACGACUGCGGUGCCGACGCCAGGUGACGUCGAGGCGGCGCUCCUGGUGAACAUCAAAGGGUGCGGCUACCCGCCGAUCGUCGACUGCAACAACUUUACCCGCGAAUUGGGCUACGAGGGCGCGAAGUUCCCCUGCCAUUACAGCCGCGUGAACGGCAGCAUAGUGAUGGCGAACUAUAACCGUGAGGCGCAGGUCACCACCAUCAUACACUUCUUGGCGGCGCCAUUCGUAUUGACUCUCGCGACCAGCGUCGCUCUGUGUGUGAUGCACUGUGACUGUAGGUGCAGUCCGCCGCCUCGACAUUCGUCACGUGGUAUCAGGAGAGCCAGGGGUAACGAUCUCAGUGAACAGGAUAGGCUAUCUAUUAUCACAUCUCUACUGAACGGGCGACCACUCGAUAAGCAAUCGCGGGGUCAUCCGACGCACUGCGAGUAUGGAGAAGUGACGAGGCCCUUAUGACGACGCGAGGAAACAGCCGAGAGUGCUCUGGCCCCGUCGCAGUCCGACUUUUAGGCCCCGCCCACUCAGUCCCAAUUUCCAUGUUACUCGGUCGCGCAGAUCCAACCAUUUUCCAUCUCGAAUCCAUCGCACCUUGUACGUCACACCUGAUUCUGCUCCUUUC